AUGGCAACGGAUCUCCACCGUAUAUACUAUGCUCAUCUUGUGAAGAACACUGCUGCCAUCACAAUGAACGAGUCUGUGUCAACUAGCACAUUCUUUUCCAUUCCGAAGUUGCAGUCCAUUGUUUCAGUACUCCUCGGAGUUUUUUGCAUUUUGUGCUUUAAACUGCUUAUCGGGUUCGGCAGAAAAUGGAGAAACAUACUCAUCGAUUGGGGCUAUCGGUCAUUGAACAUUCCUUCCCUUUGGAGCAAAGAUACCAUUGUUGACGAAAAUGCAGCUGAUGUUUCUUCACCAUUAUCAGUUAACCAACAGGACCGCGACUAUAGAGAUAUGCGUCGAGUUCCUGCCCUUCGAUUGCCUGAUGCAUGGCCAAACUUCCUUCUGACUUGGAUGUACCUCAAUUCAGAGGCCGUAUCAGGGUUGAUUCCUGUCUGGCUCGCUGCUAUCAAUCAAGAAUUAAUAAAACUCACAUCAAAUCGACCAGCUCAUGCUUGCUCCUCAACAAAGUCACCUAGCCCACUUGGUGAGCUUAGAUUGACGUCUAUCGGCAGACCAUCUGCUCCACCCCGUCUUUCAUUUAUCGAAACCUCCGCGAGUGGUUCAACAAAGGAACUACAUUUUCAUUGUACACUAUCGAGUCCGGAGAUUUUCCUCGAUCUUGUUAUCUCCAGCCAGCCUGGAUCUACUGACUGCGGAUCGCCGGAGGAGUCAUAUAUGAUUCACCUGGAGCAAGUUUCUUGUAGGAUAGAACUCAUUUGCGCCGUCCUUGAAGGGGAUUAUGUUUUGCUUAGUUGGAAAAUUGUGUCCCCUCUCCUCACUCAAUCCCUUUCCGUCCUCGAUUCAAGCAAGAACCCGAUUACUAAGCUUUCUGGGACCGAUGUCCGUUGGAUAAAAGACACUGUUUAUCUGGGGAUUCAGUCAGCCGUGACGCGUAUCGUGCUCAACCCUCUGUGCUUCACUCCGGUCCAACAGUCCCUGCCUACACAAGCAGCAACGAAGCUCGCCCAAAUGGAACGAAGCGCUCCUAUUUCGAUGCUUGCUCCCGUUUCUAACGAAAGAUUGGUGGCACAUCGUUCUCGCUCUGCUUCCAUUAGCAAUUCUAUGUACGUCCGAGUCCUUUAUGCGUUCCUACUGGAUUCGGCGAGCGACUCUUUAUUAGAUGCAAUUCCUCAUCUUUCCCUUCGUUGCGAAAUACGAUCUAACAAUCUGGGCCUCCCAAAACGCACUGUUAUAGAGGAUGGGGCUCUAUCUGAUGUCCUGAUGACGACCCGUGGAGUUCGAUUGGAAACAAAAUCUUGGCCAGGUAACGAGCAAUCACGACAAGCCAAAGUGUUCCUAAAUGGACGCCUUCAAGCAUGCGGUCUUAACACAACCGUCGUUCCCAGAUCGUAUGUAGCUGUGUGGAACGAAGAUGCGUACAUCCCACUAGAUAAAGUCGCCUCCAAUCUACUUGAUGUCGUUCUCUUCAUGGAGCGUGAUGGAUCGCCCUCAAUUACCUUGACUCAUCUCUCCGGGUGCGCUGUUUUGCCACUACCGAAAUUCAUGGAGGAUCCGUCACAGUCACAGCAUGUUCUCCUCAUUGAAUGUUCUCCGAGUUCGUCUACUGAUGACUGGAACACUGUCAACACCGAUACUACUGUCUGCUCCACCGCGAUGGGAGUUGCCUCUGAUAUUCGAGCCAAGUUUAUGCUAAUACUUCGUAUUCAAUUACUAGCCGACUUGUCUCUCGACUCCGAUUCAAAAGUGCAGAAGCCUAAUCAAGCUGAGUCCAUCAGUCACUCUACACCCAUCCAUGAUGACAAGACCAUCAAUGGUCGAUCAGACAAUAAUGAACCUACACGAUCUCUACAGGAAUCUGACGAUUCCGUGACUGAGACACAUUAUGCCACUGGGCUCGCCCCUAGAACUUUCGGUACCAAGGCCCAUCUUUCCAAUUCUUUCAACCCCAAUGCGCCACCUCCCUCGUCUGAUGUACAAUCAGUGCAUAGCUUCCCAACCUACUGCACCUUUGAAAGAGACUCGCCUAUGAUGCGCCCGAGAAAACGUAAAUUAUUGUCCUUCCGGCAGCAUAGGAAGAAACACGAUAAUGGGUCGAAAACGUCCUUCAACACCAUUGGCGGCACGCCCGCAUCCCCUGACAAUGUCCACGCUGACAUGUCAUACUCUCAUCCUCCAUCGGAAACCUCCAAAGAGGAUACGACGCAUCCACCAAAAUCCGGCUCUUCACGCCUCCGGCGUCUUUUCAGUCGCCGCAGUUUCCGCACUAAACGUAACACCGAUCGACGAGCACUCGAUAUUCCAUCCUCUAUGCGCAUAUCGGAUUAG